ACCUAUUGAAGGUUACAUCGGGUGAAUUUCUAUGUUACACAUGCCUAUUUGUAUAUAUAUAUUUUGUCCGAUUUUAGCAUUCACCGUGGUUUCGGAAUUUCCUAGGGUAUGUUUGAUAAAGAGUCUUCUAAGAAGAAAGAUAGUCCUCUGUCAAUAGCAGUCCCCGGAGAACUCGCAGGUCUCUACACGGCCCACAAAGAAUACGGGAAGAUUCCAUGGGAAUCACUCGUCAAACCGGCCGAAAAUCUCGCCCGUAACGGCUUCAUCGUUUCGUCGUUUCUGUCGAAGACACUGGCAAGUGUGAAGUCAACUAUCAUGUCGAAUAAGGAGCUACGAAGCGUGUUUGCGCCCAAAGGAAGGCUCGUGUCUAAAGGGAAGACCAUUUAUUUCAAAAAGUUGGCCGAUACGCUAGCGUCCGUAUCGAAACACGGCAUGAACGACUUUUAUAAUGGAUCGAUCGCGCAGAGCUUAAGCAACGACAUUCAAAAGGCGGGUGGGAUAAUAAAAAAGGAAGACUUUCAGAAAUAUCGAGCUAUUACGAGGAAACCUUUGGUCGCGAAUGUUUUCGGAUAUGAAAUAGUUACCGCACCGCCUCCUGCUUCAGGUGGUGCCAUGUUAAUUCUUAUUCUGAAGAUUCUUUCUAACUAUAAAGCAACCGGUGAGUUCAACUCGCUCGAGUUGCACCGUUUUGUUGAGGCUUUGAAAUACGCGCUUGCAAUGAAGACGAGUCUUGGAGACCCUCAAUUUGCGAACGUCACUAACAUCUUGGAAAAAAUGAUCUCGACAAGCUACGCAAAAGUGUUGAAGAGUCGGAUAAACGAUACGAAAACAUACGAUCCCGCGCAUUACGGUAGCAAGUAUGCUUUGCUUUUUUUUGAGCUUUUGUUCGUUUCUUCCGUAUUUUGUUUUCAUUCGUACAAUUAGUUGUCCAUAUUUAAUGAAUUUCGAUUCGAAUGAUCGAGUUUAAUUUAUUUUCACGACAUGCGAGUUUUACUAACGCAGAUGGAGUCAGUCGUACGAUCACGGCACGACUCAUCUGUGCACCGUAGACAGUCAACGGAAUGCUGUUUCGAUGACCGUAAGUCUGAAUCAUUUCCUCGGAUCACGAGUGAUGUCAGCAAGUACCGGGAUACUUCUAAACAGUCAAAUGUACGAUUUCUCGAUCCCCGCGUCAAGCACGCCACCACCAUCACCUGCAAAUUUUAUUCAACCGUUCAAGAGGCCUUUGUCGUCGAUGACACCUACCAUUGUCGUUAAGGUAAAGCAAUUUUAUUCGAAGCUCCCAUAUAUACUUCUCCAUAAAUUUCAUUAAAUAUUUGGAUAAAUUACAACCACCCCUGAGAUAUGGUCAAAUUACGAAAAACCCC